UUGUGAAUAGAAAUGGGGGAUAAUGCAGGAGCUAGUGCUUCUUCAAGUACAGAAGAAGGCUGCAUCAAGGAACAAGAGAGAUUGCUGCCGAUAGCGAACGUGGGGCGAAUCAUGAAGCAAAUUCUUCCGCCCAACGUGAAGGUCUCGAAGGAAGCCAAAGAGACGAUGCAAGAGUGCGCUUCGGAGUUCAUCGGCUUCGUGACCGGGGAAGCUUCGGACAAGUGCCGGAAGGAGAGGAGGAAGACGGUGAACGGGGACGACAUAUGCUGGGCUCUUGGAACUCUGGGGUUCGAUAACUAUGCCGGGCCUCUCAGAAGGUAUUUGACAAAGUACAGGGAGUUGGAAGGAGACCAUCAGAGGGCUGAUAACCAAGAUAAGGUCAGCAACACUAAUAAUACAAAUAGUACUAGUGCUGAAGAAAGGGACAGUAGAAAUUAUGAACCAUCUUCCUCGAAUGAAAAUAGUGCUCAAACAUUGAUUAACCUGCAGGCUCUUCUAGCUCCUCCAUUAUACCCAAGUGGGAUUAAAGGGAGCUUUGAUAGUUUUAGACCAAAUUAA